AUGAGCGCCGUCGAGCUCACCAACUUGCUGGACCCGCUGCCGGGUGCGAGCACCACGGUAGCCGCUCAAGCCCCGCCACUCCACAGCGGGGUUCGGGACCUGCUGCUCCUGGCUUCGGCGGCGGGGUUUUCCGUCUCUGUGACCUUCAUUUACCGCCACGUCCUUCACCAAGAUGUCGGCAACCGGCGCCUGCCGGAGAUCGUGUCCUUCAUGUCAUGCGUGUGCGCUGGUGUUCUCCAGUUCUUCCUGUUCGUGCGGGCUCCAGGUGGCGCGGACGUGGAUCAAGGCGAGCAAGCCCGCGCGCUUGGUCUGGCUGCUCUCCGUGUCUUGCCCGCUGCGGCCACGGUGACCUUCUUUCUGGGCACCAUGCUGAUUGUCGCCGCGCACAUCCGCGCAGGCGGCGAAGGUGGCGGCGGCGCCGUCGCAGUCGCCGGAGAGGAGCCGAUCCAGGCUCCCCUGCGGCUCCUCAGCAGGAUGGCUUUGGCCGCUGCGGCAGGAUUGGUCUGCCUGAUGGCCAUAGCCGUCUACGGCGCCUACUAG